CCGCUCCCCUUCUCCCCCUCCACCAUCCCCCCCCCUCCCCCGUGCUCUCCCCUAUUCCCUUUUCCAUCUCCUGCCCCACCACCCUUCUCCGAUCCCCGAUCUUCUGUCCUCUGUCGUCUUCACGCCGACGCCUUUCUAAACACUCGCCACCAUGGAUAUGUUUGGUUCCCUGCUCAACUGGCUCCGUUCCCUCUUCUGGAAGCAGGAGAUGGAGCUGACCCUUGUCGGUCUCCAGAACUCGGGCAAGACCACGCUGGUCAACGUCCUGGCUAACGGCCAGUUUACCGACGACAUGAUUCCCACCGUCGGCUUCAACAUGCGCAAGGUUACCAAGGGUAAUGUCACCAUGAAGCUCUGGGAUAUCGGCGGUCAGCCUCGCUUCCGCACCAUGUGGGAGCGCUACUGCCGUGGUGUGAAUGCCAUCGUUUUCGUCGUCGACUCCGCCGACCACGAGCGCAUCCCCCACGCCAGCGCCGAGCUGCAUGCUCUGCUGGAGAAGCCCCAGCUGGCCAACAUCCCCGUCCUGGUCCUGGCCAACAAGAACGACCUGCCCAACGCCCUGACCGCCGACCAGGUGAUCGAGCGCCUCGGCCUGCAGGACAUCUCCAACCGUGAGAUCUCUUGUUACUCGAUUUCCGCCCGCAACCAGGUCAACCUGGACACCACCCUCAACUGGCUCACUCGUCAUGCCGAGAGCAAGUAAGGCCUUUCGCAUCCUCCCCUCCCCUCCCUGGUCUCCCUUCCCCCCCCCCUCCCCCCUCCCUUCACUUUCCUCCCUCUCCUUGCCGCCCACAUCCUCUCCGAGAGAGGGGCCGAAGAUGCCGGAUACAUUGGCCCACGCGCUCUUUGCCUUUCUUUUUCUCUCUCCCCCCCCCUCCCAUGUGCGCGUGUCGUCAUGGGCGCACCCCACCGCCCCAUGUGCCUCCCCCCUUUUUCGGGGCCUGCGGCGCUGGCGUGCGUCCGCAUGUGCAUCGGGUGUCGCGCCGCGCGCCGCGAGGAAGGCAUGGUUCUUGAGCCAUGCGCCUCAGCACGCGACAGCAAGUGGAUGAUGGGGGGGGGGGGGGCGAGCGG